AUGAGAGUCGAAUCAACUCGACUGUUAAUUGUUCUUGUUUGUAUUAUAAUAAGAUUUUCAAAUACUGAUGCAUUAUCUAAGAGACAACAAUGCCGUGAUUUUGCUGGUGAUCGCUCAAAUUGUCAACGAUUUAUUCGUUGUUUUCACAAUUUAAGAGUUUUAUUCACAUGUGCAUCUGGUACAGCUUAUGUACCGGAAUUACAAACAUGUGUUGCCAAAGAAUUAGUCACUGAUUGUAAUGAUCCAGAGAAGCGAGUUGAAGUAACAGCAAGUUCAAAUGGGACGUCAGAUGACAAUGAUGAUUAUCCAACAAUUGAAGCUGAUUUAGAUUCACUUGAAGCACCUAUGCAAAAAUCUCUUUCAUCCAAUGUCGGCAUUUCGGUUGCAUCAAGACGAUUCGGUUGUUCAUCAUACUGUUAUAAUGAUGGAGUUUGUGUUCUUGUGGGACAAUCAAUUACUUGUCGUUGUCAAUCUGGUUAUAUUGGCGUUCGAUGUCAAAUAGAACAAUCUGUUAUCAACAUAAGGCAACCAUGUGGUUUACCAUGCGUGAAUGGUAAUUGUGUAGUAGACACUGAUACUCUUAUUCAAUUUUGCAAUUGUUCAGCUGGCUUCACUGGAGAUCUCUGUGAUGUACGAGACACCACACCAGUACCAGUAACUAACACAACCGCCAUAAGUAACGGAACUAUACUUGGUUCACCAUGUCCAACAAACCCUUGUGCAAACGGAGGAUUAUGUUUUACUGUACCUGGUGGUGGUUUCCGUUGUCUGUGUGCUCCUGGUUAUGUAGGCAUCUUAUGUGCAGAGUUAGCUGGCGCAGGAGCAGGCGCAGGCGCAGGAGCAGGCUGUGCUAGUGGAAACAAUUGUCAAACAAGUACAGUUCCUUCAAGACGAACUGAAUGUCUGCCAAAUCCUUGUCAAAAUGGUGGUAUCUGCUAUCUUACUGCAACAACAUUCGGUUGUGCAUGCACAUCUGGUUAUAGUGGAACAUGUUGUGAAAUAAAUUUGGCUAUUAGCAAUCCUUGCUUGACUAAUCCAUGUAUAAAUGGUGGAGUAUGCCAAAUAGUCGCUGUUAAUACGUAUCGAUGCGUAUGUCCAAGUGGUUUGAUCGGUGUUCGAUGUGAACGACGUAUAUGUGAUCCAAAUCCAUGUUUAUACGGUGGUGUAUGCUUACCGUAUGGAGACAGCUUUCAAUGCCAAUGUCCACUACAAUAUACUGGAGCUUCUUGCGAACUUUUACUUGCAGUAACAGCAGCACCUAAUCCAUGUAGUUCUCUACCAUGUCUUAACGGGGGCACUUGUUCGCCAACCGGUGCUACAACUUUUGUUUGUACAUGUUCACCAAGUUAUUAUGGUCGCUGUUGUGAAGUACGUAAUUUUUGUCAACCAAGUCCAUGUUAUAAUGGUGGUUCAUGUAUUGCUACAACAAAUGCUUAUAUAUGUCAAUGUAUAUAUCCUUACACUGGUAGUAAUUGUGAAUCGGCGAUACCUACUGUAGCUUCUCAACCUAUGUGUGCUUGUAUAUUAUGUCCAUGUCCAACGCCAGCUCCUGUAGCAACUAAUCCAUGCCUUCCAAAUCCAUGUCAAAAUAGCGGAGGCUGUAGUGCUGUUCAAAAUACUCCUCAAUGCCAUUGUCAACCAGCUUAUAGUGGUUACUUUUGUGAAUACCGUCGUAAACGAUCCCUUAGUACUUCAUAUUGUGCCAAUGUAACAUGUUUGAACGGUGGAAAAUGUUUUGAAGAUGAACGCGGACCUCAAUGCGGGUGUCCACAGCCAUACUUUGGUGAACGUUGUGAAUUUAUUAAUCGACCUCGUACAUGUAAUCCAAAUCCAUGUAAUGCAGAUGGCCAAUGUAUAUCAACAAGAGAUGGUUAUAAAUGCUUAUGUAGAAAUGGUCGAACUGGUAUACUUUGUGAACAAAUGGUAAUGGCAAAAAAUUACCGUUGGUGUCCAUUGGAUUGUCAAUCAGGUACAACUUGUGUUUAUGAAGAAACUUCUCCGAAAUGUCUUGCAUUAUAA